AUGGCGGGUGCAAUUGCCAGCCUUGGAGGUAUUCUGGCCUUCGCCUCCUGUGCAUGCGCUGGCGCUUCCUUCGCCGCACUCGGGCGCAAAGUCUUCGCCAAGUACUGCGGCCACAACAUUCGAUGGGUUCAAAAGCCUGUCGAAGGGAUGGAACUGAUCCAAGUGCAGGUCAUCCACCGGCAUGGAGCUCGUUCUCUUUGGGCCCCUUUGCAGUGCUGGGCAAGGAGUGUAGGUGCCCCAUCGGAGCAUCCACCUUUUCGCUGCAAUUUGCCUUUCUCCAUCAGUGUGGGAAGAGCACGGCCGCUCACGAAGCACUUUGAUCAGCCUGGGGGCUGUGGCCUCGGUUCACUGCUGGACGAGGCCCCAGAACAGUUUAAGAAUUUAGCUUGGUCGCUCAAUGCCAGCUACCAGCACACCUCUUUGUGGAAACACUUGAGUCUGAGUGACGACAGUGUCUAUCUGUACUCUUGCGACAAUGAGCGCAAUCUGGCAAGUGUGGAUCUGCUGACAUCACAGCUGUUUGCUGGUUCUCAAGCAGAUUCUGCAGUUGAAAUACACACGCUACCUGCCAAAGAUGACCCCUUCGAGUUACCUGGUUGUGUUGCCACAUCGCCCUGCGAUGGCUCUCCCGUACAAGCUAUGGAGGAGAUCGAGAUGGACAAGAACUACCGAGCAUUCGCCUCGACCUGGCUGCAGCAAGCAAAUGUGUCAUGGAACCGAGAAAAUUUUGACUGCAUCCUAACGGCGAGGUGUGCAGGCUUGGGCCUGCCCACUGCAAUUCACAACGAGCUUGCCGAUGAGGCGUUGUAUUGGGGAUGGCGGCAGCAAAUGGCUCCGGUCCGCACUACAAAUUGGACGUCUCUGGUGGCGUCAAGGGCGCUGGAGGCUAUAGCCAACAAGCUCAAGAUGGCAUCUGAUGGACCGAAGCUGGCCGUGUGGUCUACGCAUGACAGCACCAUGAUCUACCUGCUCAAUGCACUUGGGGGAUGGGACGGCCGGUGGCCAGGCUACGCUUCGGUCGUGGUUUUGGAGCUCUACGCGAGCCCCAACAAGGGUGAAGGGGAGACACUUCUUCGCGUGGUGCGCGAUGGGGAGCCCCUAACUCUGGGAGUCUGUGGGGAGGUUCUUUGUCCGCUGUCUCGCUUCCUGGCUGCAGUGGAGUCCUGGCAGAACUGGGGCUGUGCCCCUGAGACCAAGGUUUUCGAGGAACUCUACGAGGGUUCAUGGCUGGUAUGGGCCCUGCUCAGUUUGUUAAUGAUUUUGGCCGCGCUGUUCGGGUUGCCAUGUCGGGGCACUACACUCACUACAGUGAGGGAGCCAUUGAUCGCGUGA